CAGCUAAUUAAGUAGUACCCUUAUAUAUAUAUAUAGAACCAUUUAUUGGGUGGUCUUAGAAUUCUUGAAUCUUGAUCAUCAUCUUCAAUGGCGGAUGGUGAUCAUGAACUGGCAGAGAGUAGUGGUGGUGGUGGUGGGAUGCCGAGGCUGAUCAGAUUCCUGCCCUGCCUACUCCAACGGGUGGCUGAAUCGAACGAUCUGAACGACGGAGGGCUGAAGAGUCAAAAGAUGUCGGUUUUCCAGGGACUAAGCAGGCCCAACAUCUCAAUUGAAAGCUAUUUGGAAAGGAUCUUCAAGUACGCCAAUUGUAGCCCAUCUUGCUUCAUUGUGGCUUAUCUCUACUUAGACAGGUUCCAACAAAGACAGCCAUCUUUACCCAUUAACUCAUUCAAUGUUCAUAGAUUGCUCAUUACAAGUGUCAUGCUUGCCGCCAAAUUCAUGGAUGAUAUAUAUUACAACAAUGCAUAUUAUGCAAAAGUGGGGGGAAUCAGCAUUGGAGAAAUGAACUUUCUUGAAGUGGAUUUCUUAUUUGGAUUGGGGUUUCAUUUGAAUGUGACUCCAACCACUUUCUACACUUAUUGUUCUUAUCUUCAGAACGAGAUGACAACGAUGAUGAUUCAGCCUUCGCUUCAUUUAUCUCAUGUCGAUGAUCAUGAUCAUGAUCAUGAUCAUAUUGAAGAUCAUCAAGUACUGCCCAUAAUAUCCAGAUCACAACAGUACCACCAGGUUCUACAUCAAGAAUUGGCUGUCUAAUACUCAUGAAAUUUGUAGCUAGCUAUAGUAAUUAGUUAAUUAAUAUUAGUUAUGAUUAUUAAUACAUCAAUCUCUAGCUCUGUUUCUUUCCCAUUAUGAUGAUGAUGAUGAUCAGCUAGCUGGCACAUUAAAUCUCCUUUUGUUCCUUUCUUUUUGUUGUUGUUGUAAUGUGGUGUUGUCAAAUUUUCAAACUUUUGGUGUUGGAUUUGGAAUCAAUUGGUAGUUUAUGUAUGUACA